AAUCAGCAAACAGCCAUGAGAAGCAGCACUUUUUGGACUUUGCUUCGUUCCUGAGCAGACUGGGACCUCACCCCUUCAUUCCUGCAGUGCUGGGAGUGGUUUCAGUGCAGCCGCCUCUAUCUCUGGUGGUGGAGGAGAUGAAGCACAGAGACCUGCUCGGCUUCCUGUGGACCUGCAGACAGGAUAGCUCAAACUAUGACAUGACAGAGAAGAGGAUUUUCACCAUGGCAGGACAAGUGGCCUCUGCUCUGGAUUACCUGCACGGUCAGAGCUGUAUUCAUGGAAACGUGGCGGCUCGCAGCGUUCUGGUUGGCGCAGACCUGACAGCCAAACUGUGGGGUCUGGGCCCGGCCUAUCUCAGAUCUCGGCCCAGUUCGGGGGCAGCAAUGGAGGAUGUGGAGCUGAGGAAGUGGCAGGCGCCUGAAGUUCUGGCGGGGAGAUCCGUCAGUCAGAGCAGCGACAUAUGGUCCUUUGGCAUCCUGGUCUAUGAAAUGGUCACACUGGGUGACCCACCUUUUGCCAACAUCGUGGUGACUGAACUGCUGCAGUACCUCCAGAGAGGAAAAUACCUCAAACGGCCGGCCACAUGCUCCGAGCCUCUGUACGCCAUCAUCAGGUCCUGCUGCCACUGGACCCCCCAGAGGCGCACCUCCCUGACAGAACUGKUCCGAACCCUUCAGGCAGGAGAGCAAUCAGCCAAUGGGAACAGGGUUCUGAGAGUACCAGAGCCAUUCAACUUUGAGAGAUACAUAAGAGAGGCGGGGAUCGAAGAGUCCUAUGCUGUCCUCUGAUUGGUUGACUGAGUCAUCAAUCAAAACUGUUGUAACCGCCUCUAAACAGUGUUUAAAACACAGAACAAACAGGAAAAAAAUGGGUUUUUAUAAAAGUAGAAUUAUAUUUAUUUGUACGGUUGGAACACUUAAGACAUUACAACACAAUCAUCUUUUAUUUUGAAAGAAUAAUUUAUUUUUGUAACUGUACAUGAUAAACAAGUGUUGAGAAUGGAUGUAAAGAAAAUAAAAAGAACGUUUGCGGUUGGACUGUCCUGCUGUCACUGUGUGAGCAGCAGGUGGACACCCUGGACAGGUUAAACAGACAGGCAUGUUUGGUUUGUAAGAGGAAACCAACAAAACGUGGAGAAAAAAAAGCAACAUGUGCACAGGGAGAGGUCAGGAGGAGACAGCUCUAAACGCUGCUCCACCGUGRUGCCCAGCUCACAUGUUACAACAAAUCAAGACACAAAGAUCUAAAGGUUUAAAAGAGUUCAGGUGAUUAUUUAUUUGCAUUACAGGAACAAUUCCUUCUUGUCAAAGGAUCUCCUCCAACAUGUAGUUUUUUUUUCUUGAUUAUUGCAAGCACAGUUCUGAAUGCUGCUUUAUAUAUAUGUAUAAAAAAAGCAUAAUUUUGCAGAAUCAUGUUAUUUUGGGGACAAAAGUGCCACUUUUACAGGUGAAUGAAUAAUAGUAAAAUAAAAAUAUAACAGAAAUGCAAAGACCAACCUUUUAACGAAUGUUGCAUCAGUGUUCACAGCAGAAUUUGAGGCUCUCAUUCAUUUUAAAUGAGGCCCAAAUCAAUUUUUGGUUUGGACCCACGAGGAGACUGAAAUAAACAAACAGCUACCAGGAAUUAUCCCGUUUUAAAGAGAACACUGGAAUAGCCACAGUCACUAACAAUAAAGCCAAAUCUACUAACUAGAGGGUAAAUAUUGUUGGUAGUUACACACUAUAUGACAAAGUUAGAAGGAAGACAGCAAGAUCCCUUGAUCAAAGUAGCUACUAAUUAGUCACGUUUUGGAAAAAGGCAACAAAUGUCAUUGCUUGAAAUAACACACGUAGAAAAGUGAGGACUAAUAGAAAAGAAGGAAUGAUAUGAAAAGCUGUUUAAAAAACAAUCUUCGUCUAAAUCUAGCGUAGAGAAAAAAAGGCCACGAGGUUCACAGAGAAAAAAAAACAAAAAACAUGAUAAAAAAUUCUACAUAAAAAGCUGAAACAAAGCAGUCCAGCAAACAAAUGUGCAAUUAAAUAGAAAAAGGCAAAUCUUCCACGUAACUACAGUAUAGCUUAAGGUUUUUUUAUUCACACAGUUCUUGUUUCGUUUCGAACAAUCCGUUACGAACGUAUGUCCACUUUUUUCUUCACAUGAGAAUGUGGCGCUUCAAAAUAAAAGCUGCUCGUUUUCAGUCUUCUUCAGCAGUGCCUUUUUUUUUUAUUUUAAGCUUCUUCACAAACUUGUAACUGGACUCCUUCACGUACCGUCGCAUAAAAGCGGAGCAGCUGCUUGUUUUAUUUAAAUAAAACAUCUAAAAUGUUUGAAAGAUCGAGUGUAAAUCGAUUCAUGUGGGACGUUUUGUUCAUUUGAUGUGUUUAAUAGGGAAAUUUGCAGUUUGCUGUGUUCAUUAAAAGCUCUCAAAUUGAGGAAUUUGGGUUUUAUUUGAACUCUGGUCUGGCCUUUUAGCAGUCAGUACCCUGUACUCUCACUGUACCCUGUUAGCUGAAGGAAAACCACUUCAAAAAAAAAAAAAAAAAAAAAAAAAAAAA